AUGAAGGCAGAAAAGAAACACCGUGGGAGAAGCAGAGAGCACCCAGCGCCAGAUGGGAGGAAGGAGAGGGUGGAGCACAGCCGGAGAGCCGGCCGAGAGAGGCAGGAGACUAUCCGCAGGGAAAGCAAACGGGAGACCAAGAGCACCCUUGAAGCAAACAACCAAAUCCACACGUCCACCGUGGUGGAUGUGGAUGAGGUGGUGUCCCUCGAGGAGGAAAUGGAGAUGAUGGCCCUGCUUGAGGGUGAAAGACAGGAGGAAGGUAUAAAGACCCCAGGCCUGGGCGUUUGUGAAUGGACUCUGGUUGUCCUCUGUCUCCUCUUCCUCAUAGUCACAUUCCCCGUUUCCAUUUGGUUCUGCAUGAAGAUUGUACGGGAGUACGAGCGAGCCAUCUUGUUUCGCUUUGGGCGCAUCCUCCGUGGAAGACCCCGUGGGCCUGGGUUGUUCUUCCUCCUUCCCUGUUUGGACACCUACCACAAAAUAGACAUUCGCCUCAAAAUCUUGGAGAUUCCCUUCUACGAGGUCAUAACCAAGGACAUGGUGAGUCUUAAAAUAGACGCCAUCUGCUACUACAGGAUGGAGAACGCCACGUUGCUCGUGACCACCGUCGCCAGCCUGUCCAGCGCGGUCCAGUUGCUAGUACAGGUCAUCUCAAAACGGCUGCUGGCACAUCGGUCUCUCGCCGACAUCCUGACGGAAAGGAAGAGCAUUGGCCAAGAGAUCAAGGUGGCUGUGGAUGCCAUCAGCUGCCAGUGGGGAGUCAAGGUGGAGCGGACAGAAAUUAAAGAUAUACGGCUUCCGGCUGAACUUCAGGAGUCACUGGCUGCAGAAGCAGAAGCCCAGAGACAGGCUAAAGUGAGGGUGAUAGCUGCCGAAGGAGAAAAGGCUGCCUCUGAAUCCCUGAAGAUGGCAGCUGAGCUCCUGGCCCACACUCCUGCCGGCAUCCCGCUCCGGUACCUUCACACGCUGCAGAGCAUGUUAGCAGAAAAACCUCCUGCCUUUAUUCUCCCGUUACCCUUUGAUCUCCUGAACCUCUCGUCUGCAGUAAACGUGAAAUCCACAGGGCGCAAUCUUUCUUCAGAUACCCCCAACCACCCCGAUGUUUCAAAGGACAAAGAUUCCCCAAUGCUAUAG